AUGGGGCCAGGCUGGCUGUUGCCCGUGCUGGUCCUGGUGCUGGAGCUGCCUGGGGGGUCCCUGGCGCAGAAGCAGCUCCCCAGGGAGUCUCAAAACCUCAACUGGGUCAAGUUUUCAGGGUUCUGGUACAUCCUUGCCAUCGCCUCUGACACCCAGGGGUUGUUGCCGGCCAGAGACAAGAGAAAGCUGGGGGCAUCUGUAGUGAAGGUUCACAAAAUGGGCCAGCUGAAGGUGGUCCUCGUCUUUAACCGGUCACAAGGGUGCCAGGCACACUCGCUGAUCCUGCGGAAAGACAGGAAGAGGGCUGUGUUCAGGAACACCUGUGCGUAACCGCCGGGCCCUCGGGAGAGCAGGGGGAGGGUGAAGGGGGUGGCGGGCUUCCACGUGCUGACCACUGACUACAGCGACAGCGUGGUCUACCUGCGCCUGCGCCGGGCGGGCCAGACCACCAACACCCUGCUGCUCCUCAGUGAGUCCAGCGGCCUGGCGUGCGGGGCAGAGGGCAGACAGAGCACGGCCAGCUUCCUGAGUAUGAGAAAGUUCAUAGACGUGUGUGAGGCUUUGGAGCUCACCCGCAGUGUGACAGUUCUCCCGAAAGAUGCUAAACGAGAAGUGGCCCCAGCCCGGGGGUCAGCAUCCCCAGUGGACCAAGAGCGGAUGGCGGCCCGGGAGCUCCCGUCCAGGAAGGAGGAGGGGUGGCCCCCUCUGGGGGAGCUGUUCAAGAAGGUGGUGCCCUACCACUGCCUGGGCUCCAUCUGGUCCCAGCGGGACGAGAGGGGCAAGGAGCACCUGGCUCCCACCGUCCGUGCCACCGUCGCCCAGUUCAACAGCGUGGCCAACUGCGUCAUCACCACCUGCCUCGGGGACCGGAGCGUGACGGCCCGCGCCAGGGCCAGGGUGGUGGAGCACUUGAUCCGGGUGUGGCCGAGCGAUGCUGGACAGGGUGGUGCUGGGAAUGCUCUUGGCUAA